AUGAGCAAUGAAAAGCCGGAACACAUCCCCGUGGAAGAUAUCUCAAGCAAUUUAAAGCCAGUGAAUGAGAUUGACCUUGAGGCUGUAGGUGAGCGCGAAGGCUACGUCCUCAAUGAUACCUCGCUGGCCCACGAGCGUGGCCUCAAGACGACGGACGAUGGGCAGACGAUUCUCAUACCUCAGCCGAGCGACUCACCCAAUGAUCCGCUCAAUUGGACGCAGUACCGCAAGCACGUUAUCCUUUUAAUCAUCUCUUGCACGGCGUUUCUACCCGACUACGGCAGUGCAACGGGGGCAGUUACUUUGAAGCCUCAGGGAGUCGAGUGGAAUAUGGAUCCCAACGUGGUCAAUCAUUCGCAGGUCGGCAAUAUCUUUAUGCUUGGUGCGGCAGGUCCGAUUAUUGUGGCAUUGGCCGCAUACUUCGGCCGCUACCCGAUCCUGUUCUGGUGGACGCUGCUCGCCGUGGCCACGGCCGUAUGGUGUGCGGCAGCUCAAAGCUUCGAGUCGUUCAUGGCUGCCCGAAUCCUCAAUGGCUUCUUUUCCACCGUAGCACAGGGAGGCGGCCUCAUGUUCAUCAAGGACAUGUUUUUCCUCCACGAACACGCACGCAAAAUCAACACCUGGUCCGGGUUCAUCGUGUUGUCACCAUACAUGGGUCCCCUGCUCGCGGCCUUCGUAGUCAAUACACAGAUCUGGCAGUGGGCGUUUGGCAUCUACGCUAUCGAGACAGGCCUUUGUCUUUUCGCCAUCAUGCUCUUCGUCGACGAGACCUACUAUGACCGCAAGACCGCGCAGCCGGAGCUCGUCCCGAACGGCCCGCGCUGGGCCCGCAUGCUGGGCAUCCAGCAGACACGCUCGGGUUAUAUCCGGAACUCGUUCAAGGACGCAGUGAUGCGACCAGUAGUCAUCAUUGGAAAGCCCGUUGUGAUCCUGGCGGUGAUCUAUUACAUGCUGACCUUUGCGUGGGUGGUGGGGAUCAACACCACACUCUCGAUCCUGCUGACUCCAGUGUAUGGCUUUGGCGCCAAAGCAGUUGGCUUCUUCUACUUCACCCCUAUUGUAGCCGCCCUCCUGGGCGAAGUCGCCGGUCAUUGGCUACACGAUUUCAUCGCCAAAUCCUACGCCUCUCGUCACGGCGGCCGCCUUGAACCCGAGGCGCGGCUCUUCGCGAUCUGGUUCGCCAUGCCGUUUAUGGUCGCCGGGCUGAUCCUGAUGGGCUUCGCGCUGGAGCGACAGUAUCACUAUAUGCUGUGUGCACUGGGGUGGGGUCUAUACGUCUUUGGAAUCAUGGUCGUCACAGUUGCGAUCAACUCGUACGUGCUGGACUCGUACCCCGAGGCGAGCGGAGAGGUCGCAGCGUGGGUGAAUAUGGGCCGCACGACGGGUGGGUUUAUCGUGUCGUAUUUCAUGGUCGAGUGGGCUGAGAAAAUGGGGACGAUACGGCAGAUGGGGACGAUGUGUGGGAUCGUGGGCGCAGCGUUCUUUAUUGUUCUUGCGCUGCAGAUCUGGGGGAAGAAAAUGCGGAUUUGGGCUGGACCGGCAAAGUUCAAGACGGCUUGA